CUUCCCAUGCAGUGCACAGGGUUACACAAACACUGUACUGCUUGUUGGGGUGGAAGCGAGACUUCUCGGAGUCCCUUGGAAAAUUUAAGUCCUCUGAUUACGGUCUUCUGGUCCUACUCUUCUGCCGAUAGCCUCUGCUCGUAAUUCCAAGGACUGCUUGAAGUUUUCCAAUGUCUAGCAGGGCGAGGAGUGAAGACAAGAGUGAACUAGCAGAAGCUGGUCAGAGGGAAAAUCCAGAAAGAACUUUUGACUUGGUGUUGAAAGUGCAGUGUCAUGCCUCCGAGGAUGAAGAUCCUGUGGUAUUGUGGAAGUUCCCAGAGGACUUUGGAGACCAGGAAGUACUGCAGAGCCUGCCGAAGUUCUGUUUUCCUUUUGACGUGGAAAGGGCAUCUCAGAACCAAGUUGGACAGCACUUUACCUUCGUACUGACAGACAUUGAAAGUAAGCAGAGGUUUGGGUUCUGCAGACUCACGUCGGGAGGCAAAAUUUGUUUAUGUAUUCUUAGUUACUUGCCAUGGUUUGAAGUAUAUUAUAAGCUUCUAAAUACUCUGGCGGAUUACUUGGCCAAGGAACUGGAAGAGGAUUUGAAUGAAACUCUUAAGUCACUCUAUAACCACCCAGUACCAAAGGCAAACACUCCUGUCAACUUGAGUGUGAACCAAGAGCUAUUUAUUGCCAGUGAGCAAGUUCUGAAAGAUGAGCCCUCACUAAUGCCGCACUCCUACUUCAUUGCCCCGGACAUAACUGGACUCCCGACGAUACCGGAGAGCAGAAACCUGACCGAGUACUUUGUUGCUGUGGAUGUGAGCAACAUGCUGAGGCUGCACGCCAGCAUGCUGCAUGAGAGGCGCAUCAUUAUUACCUCGAGCAAAUUAAGCACUUUAACUGCCUGUGUCCAUGGAUCGGCUGCUCUGCUCUACCCCAUGUACUGGCAACACAUAUACAUCCCCGUGCUCCCUCCACACCUGCUGGACUACUGCUGUGCCCCAAUGCCAUACCUGAUUGGAAUACACUCCAGCCUCAUAGAGAGAGUGAAAAAUAAAUCAUUGGAAGAUGUGGUUGUGUUAAAUGUUGACACAAACACUUUAGAAUCACCAUUUAAUGACUUGAGCAACCUACCCAGUGAUGUGGUCUCAGCCUUGAAAAAUAAGCUGAAGAAGCAGUCCACAGCCACGGGAGAUGGAGUGUCUCGGGCCUUCCUGAGGGCACAGGCAGCUUUGUUUGGCUCCUACAGAGAUGCUCUGAGAUACAAGCCUGGCGAGCCCAUCACCUUCUGUGAGGAGAGCUUUGUAAAGCACCGCUCCAGUGUCAUGAAACAGUUCCUGGAGACUGCAGUGAACCUUCAGCUGUUUAAGCAGUUUAUUGAUGGUCGACUGGCAAAGCUUAAUGCAGGAAGGGGUUUCUCUGAUAUAUUCGAAGACGAGAUCACUUCGGGUGGCUUCUGUGGAGGGAGCCCGAAGUCGUAUCAACAGUGGGUGCACACAGUCAAGAAAGGAGGUGCAUUGUUCAAUACAGCAGUGACCAAAGCAACUCCUGCUGUGCGAACUGCAUACAAAUUUGCAAAGAGUCACGCCAGGCUGGGACUAAGAGAAGUAAAGAGCAGGCUGAAACACAAGGACAAUGAGGACGAUUAUGGGAGCUGUUCUGGUUUGGUACAGUAUACACCAGUUUAUACGCUGCACAAUGAAAAGGAAGAAAACAGAGAGAAGCAUAAGCUUUCUGAGGGACACUUGAAAAGGCCUCAUAAGAGCUUUGAUGGUACCCUGUAUGAUGGUGAUGAUGACAUUGAACGAGCAAGCAAGGUAUCUUCUGAAGACAGCGAAGAAGCAUCGGCUUAUUUCUAUGAGAGCGAUGACUCUGCUGAGGCACGGGUGAAGGCUCCUUACUCGGGGGAAAUGGACUUGCUGGGUGAGAUCCUGGACACGCUGAGCACGCACAGCUCCGAUCAAGGAAAGCUGGCUGCUGCAAAGAGCCUGGAUUUCUUCAGAUCCAUGGAUGACAUUGAUUACAAACCUGCGAACAAGUCCAAUGCUCCCAGUGAGAAUAACCUGGCCCUACUGUGUGCUGCUGGCGACCAGGGAGAGUGGAAUCUCGGGCAGGAUGACAGCGCCCUCCAUGGCAAGCACCUCCCUCCGUCCCCCAGGAAGCGAGUUUCCUCCGGUGGGUUGACAGAUUGUCUGUUUAUCCUGAAAGAGGAGAACAGUGACAAGCCCCCCUGCACUGACAGUAUGAGUGACCCUACUGUGGUGGGAGAGCCAGCUUCUACUUCAAGAUUGAGUUUCCAGCCAGCUCCCUCUGAUGCUUCCCAAGGGCAUGAGGUAGAACAGGAACGGAAGGAAACACUAUGUCAGGCUUCAGAGGAUCUGCGGGCACCAGGCCCCGGCAGCCGCCAGUCCACUUUUGUUCCCUGGGAGAGAGCCAGGAAAGAGGAUAAGGUGCCUUCAGAAGAUGCUGGACUGCUCCAAGAAGUAGUGUCACUGUGUCACAUGUCAAGUGACUUCCAACAAGGUUUAAACGCUUCAGAAAAAAGCAGAAGUGAAAGCCAAACUUAAAGUACCAGUAAAGUUCCAGUGGCCUGCCUCUUGGCUUUUCCAGAGACGUGUGGGAUUCACCCCCCAGGACGUGACCAGAAAA